GCUUCGGCAUCAUUUAUGGGCAAAAUUUAUGUUUGCGGCGGUUCGGGUAAAACCAUAUUAAAAUCAUGCGAAUCGUAUGACCCGCAAACAAACCAAUGGUCGACAAUUGAGUCAAUGCAAUCAAAAAGAUCUUUAUUUAAAUUGAUUGCUAUCGAUGAYAGUCUAUAUGCAUUGGGAGGCUAUUCGGAUGAUGGCGGAUUACUAGAUUCAGUUGAAUUAUAUGAUUAUAAAUCAGAUAAAUGGUUAUAUACGACAUCAUUGCCACAAAAAAUUGAUAUAUUUGGGGCAACUGUUUUGUAAAUUGAUAUUUUCCACCGAAAUAAGUCUUAUUUUUAUAAAUAAUUUUAAUUAUACCAAAAUUAA